AAAGAUUUAAAAAUUUAUUUUAAAUAUAAUGCCAAAGGGAUAGACCACUACAACCUAAAAAGCUUAAAAAGCAGCAAAAAAUACCAGAGUUGCCAAAAAAGUAGUCAGAGCCAGAAAACAUUUCUAAAAUAGAUUCCAUACAACUAAACCAUUAGCAUUAACAAGAAAACCUAAAUUCACCAGAUUAACUAGAUAAUUAAAACCAAUCACAAAAGGUUUAGAUUUCUAAAAUGUCCUUAAACAUCCACUAAUUACAGAAAAAGAUAUGAAAAAAAUGGAAGAUGAAAACACUAUGGUUUUCUAUGUUAAUCAAAAAGCUACUAAGCCAUAAAUCAAAAGAGCAUUCUCUAAAAUUUAUGAUGCCAAAGUUAGAAAAGUCAAUGUAUACUCUCUUUGCUUAUCAUUAGAUUUUAAAUACAUUUGGUGGAAAGAAGAAGGCAUAUAUUAGAUUGGGUGGAGAAAAUGAUGCACUUAAUUUAGCCAACAAAAUCGGUAUCAUCUGAGUGACAAUUAUAUUACACAGUAAAAUAUAUAUAUAUAUAUUCAAAUUUAUC